CAAAAAUUAGUCCACUUCGAUUUGAAAGGAGCUCCACCAAAGAUCAAAUACUUACUCCAGCUAUUGCCGUUAUUCAAGAAAUUAGGUGCAACGGGUUUAUUAAUGGAAUACGAAGAUAUGUUUCCUUAUACGGGCAAUAUUUCCGUUUUAGCAAGGAAUAAUUCCUAUACUGCUCAAGAUAUUGCCAAAAUACACACAACAGCCACUCAACUCAAGUUAACCAUUAUACCAUUAAUACAAACUUUUGGCCAUAUGGAAUUUGUCUUGAAACAUGAUCAAUUUACUCAUUUAAAUGAAGUAAGCCACCAUAAAAUGGUCAUUUGCUCUGGCUGUAAUGGCUCCUAUGAAUUAAUCGAAGAAAUGAUUCGACAAAUUAUGACUUUACAUCCAGGAAUUGAUUAUAUCCAUAUUGGUGGUGAUGAAGUCUACGAUUUAUACAAGCAUAAACAUACUCGAGGUAAAUUUAUUUCCAAAGAGAAAUUAUUUACUACCCAUAUUAUGCAAGUAUCGAGUUAUAUUAAUAGCCACUGGUCCAAUGUACGUGUCAUUAUAUGGGAUGAUAUGUUAAGAACAUGGAGUGUGGAUCACAUCGCCAACUUGAAAGAUUACGUUAUACCUAUGGUAUGGGCCUAUUGGUCUAAUUUAGAUGAAUAUUUCCCUACCGGGAUGUGGCAACGUUACGCUAAGGUAUUUCGUGAAGUAUGGAUUGCAUCCGCUUUUAAAGGAGCUGGCGGAUCGGAUAAUGAUUUCCCACCUAUUCAGCAACAUGUUGGCAAUCAAGAAUCGUGGUUAAAAAUUAUCGCAUCCUUACAAGAUACUGGCAUGACAGUAACUGGCAUUGCAUUAACAGGAUGGUCACGUUAUGAUCACUUUGCUAAUAUGGUUGAAUUAUUACCAGCCGGAAUAACAUCGCUAGCCUUAUGCUUAGGUGUUUUAGAAGCUGGCGAAAUGAAUCAUAAAGUCGUCAUGACAGCAACACAUUUACUUGGU